GAGUCGGGCUGCCCCACAAGAGGGAAAAAAAUUGAAAAAAAAAAUUGAGGGAAAAAAACGGCGAAUCUGAGGGUUCGGGCGGAUUUGGACGAAGUUUCCGAACUGUCCCGGCCCGAGGGAGACCCAGGGUUGAGAGGGAGUCACCAGCACCGAAAUAAUGGAAGAUUCCCAUUUCAACUCAUCAUACUUUUGGUCUCCCGUUCCCACAGUGCAAGGACAGAUUGAGAACGCCAUGUUCCUCAACAAGAUGAAGGAGCAGCUGGGCCCGGAGAAGGCUGCCUCGUUCCCGCACUCCUCGUCCGCCCACUACCCCACCGCCGUGCUCACUGUGCCGGGCUCCGUCGCCAUGGACACCAGCGCCGUCGGGCGGGGCCCCAAGCAGGAAGGGGGUGGCGGCGGCUCCCAGAUGUCCGGGGUCGGGGCGCACCUGCACUCGCCCCACACCUCACAGAACAUCACCGUGGUGCCCGUGCCCUCUACAGGCAUCAUGACAGCAGCGGGGCUAGUGAUCACCACUCCCCAGGGCACGCUGGUCACCCCUCCUGCCUCGUCCCAAUCUUUUGUUUCUGGACCCCCUGCCACUACCAUGAUAGUGUCCACACUGCACCCCUCAAAUGCAGUAGAGACCAGCCGGCAUUCCUCUCUCUACUUCCACAGCCAGUAUAAGAAAGAGAAUGGCAGCAUCCCCCCAGCUGUCGUCAUGCCAACUCCUUCCAAACGGGGAAGGAAGAAGAAGUCCAUGCUACCCCGAGAUGGUUCCAUGACUGCCCAUACGCUGCCAACAGGAAGUGAUGCGUUGAUCCUUGCCCACCUCGCAGCUGGGGGUCAGCACCACCCAGCUGACCCCUAUGACCUCUCCAACGAUGAAGAUGAUCAUACAAACAAAGACGGGAACAAAUCUUACAGGUGUCGGAUGUGUGCGGUGACCUUCUUCAACAAGUCGGACAUGCAGAUCCACGCCAAGUCUCACACGGAGGCCAAGCCACACAAGUGCCCCCACUGCUCCAAAUCCUUCGCCAACUCCAGCUACCUGGCCCAGCACAUCCGCAUCCACACCGGGGCCAAGCCCUACACCUGCUCCUACUGCCAGAAAACGUUCAGGCAGCUCAGUCACUUACAGCAGCACACACGAAACCACACAGAGGCCAAGCCACACAAGUGCCCCCACUGCUCCAAAUCCUUCGCCAACUCCAGCUACCUGGCCCAGCACAUCCGCAUCCACACCGGGGCCAAGCCCUACACCUGCUCCUACUGCCAGAAAACGUUCAGGCAGCUCAGUCACUUACAGCAGCACCACAGGAUCCACACGGGUGACAGGCCAUACAAGUGUGUCCACCCAGGCUGUGAGAAGGCAUUCACUCAGCUCUCCAACCUGCAGUCUCACCGCCGGCAGCACAACAAGGACAAGCCGUACAAGUGCCACAACUGUAACCGUGGUUACACGGAUGCGGCCAGCCUGGAGGUGCACCUGUCGACGCACACAGUCAAACAUGCCAAACUCUACUCCUGCGGUUUGUGUAACCGCGCCUACACCUCGGAGACGUACCUGAUGAAGCACAUGCGCAAACACAACCCCGACCCCCUGACGGUGGCGGCGGCGGUGGCUGCCCAGCAGGCCCAAGGCCAGACCCCCAGCGGCGGGGGCACGGGCCGGGGCAGAGGUCGUGGGAGAGGGGGCGCCGCUGCAGCAGCGGCCGCGGCAGCCGCUGCGGCGGCGGCAGCAGCAGCUGCGGCAGGCGGGCCGGGAGGUGGGCAGGCGCCCAAUGCACCCAACUCCAACCCCCCCAGCAGCUACACGGCGGGCGAGGGCGGCGUACCUUGCCCCUUCGACCUGCACCAGUACAAGACGGUGUCGGCCGGGGAGAUCCAGUACAAGCCGGUGAGCGUGGCCGACUUGUCGGCCCACAAAGACCUCUGCCUCACGGUCUCCACCUCGGCCAUCCAGGUGGAGCACAUGAACUCCUAGACCGAACUGAGGGAGGGAGGGUGGGUGGGGAUGG